AUGGUUCAAUUUCUCAGACUUGUUGGCUUCGUCGCUUCUCUGGCAGUUGUCGUUCAUGCUGUCCCUGUGGACAAACCUAAUGAUCACAAAGACCAUAACAGUCAGAAGGAGCUUGAGGCUGAGGAAGCUGCCUUCAAAGUCAUGAGCUUGGAACAAAGGCUGCAGAAGCAUGCCAACCACAAGAUCUACAGACCUGAUGGCACUGCCAAGUGUGUGAGAGAAUGUCUCGAGUCGACUCCUGGCUACCCUAUCCUUACUGCAACCUACGGGGAGACGUGCAAGGACAACGAAACCAUGCGUGCUUUGGGGAACUGGCUUGACGGCGAUGUUCACUCGUGCAUUGAGGCCAAGAGAGAGAAAAUGAAGAAGCAAGACAAACUCUCACCCAACUACGCACCGUCCUUGGAUCUGUUCAUCGUCAAGGUCGAUGACAUGUGCAAAUACAUACAGCAAGACUUUGAAGACAUGAAAUACAUGCCACUUGACACUUGGGAGUAG